AUGCAAGCCCAUAAUACGUUCUCCGAGCGAUGCCUUGUCUCCUUCAUCGACACAGUGAAUGUGGGGAUGGCCAAUAUCGCGUUACCGACCAUCAAGGAGGCACUCGGCUACAAUGAAGGAGACUUGCAAUGGAUCUUGACCGCUUAUUCACUGACGUUCGGCGGGUUCCUGAUGACCGGUGGCCGGCUGGGCGAUAUCUUCGGUCAUCGAAUGAUAUUAUUUCUGGGCAUGACGCUAUUCAACAUAGCCUCCCUCGUCUGCGCUCUCGUCCACACUCAGAUUGGCCUUAUUAUCGGAAGAGCCUUUCAAGGUCUCGCAGCAGCAUUCACCAUUCCCUCCGCCCAGUCGUUGGUCGCCCUGGCUUUUGAGAAUCCGAAGGCUCGUGUCCGGGCCUUCGGCGCCUGGGGUGCAUGUGGCUCUAGUGGCUUUGUAUUUGGUCCUAUCCUAGGUGGCGUUUUCACCUCACUGGUCACUUGGAAAUGGAUCUUCUGGUUUUCCUUGAUUGCGGAAGGUGCCCUCCAACUCGCAGUCAUCGCUCUUAUCCUUGUCCACGAACACCAUCACCCAGCCGGAACUGGCACUGUGAAUCAGUGGAAAGACCAGCUGGCGACUCUUCAUACCUGUCUGGAUCUCCCUGGUACUUUCUUAUCGAUUGCCGGCCUCAUCCUUCUAAUCUACGCCCUAACGACCGGGAACAUCGACGGCUGGAACCAGGCUAAUGUUCUUGCGACGUUGAUUCUGGCCGUGGUAGUACUGGGCGUCUUUUUGGUCCUGGAACUGAAAUUCUCCGCCGAUCCAAUUCUCCCUCGGUACAUGAUUACCGACCGAGUGAAAGCGCUGGGCUGUGCCAGCGCCGCCCUGACCUAUGCUGUCUGGCAAGGCAGCAAUUACCUCUUGACCCUUCAGCUGCAAAGCUUCGGUUACUCCGCACUUGCGACCUCGCUACGGUUCAUCCCCCUCGGUGUCACGGCGCUGGCUGUCAACUUCGUGGUCCCCGUCCUAAUCGGCCCGGUCGGCGCUCGCACGCUUUUGGUGUGUAGCUGGACCCUGACGCUGGGCGGACUGGUCCUCUUUACGCGGAUGGGCGGGGCCGAGGACUGCUGGCGCUUCUGUCUCCCCGGGAUGGUCCUGUAUAUUGCCGGGGUCGGGACGGUGUAUUUCGUGGGGAACGUGAGUGUGGUGGCCACCGCGAAGAAGGAGCAGCAAGGGACGGUGGCUGGGGUUUAUAAUAUGUUCCUGAAUGUGGGCGGAGCAGUGCUGGGAGUGGCGGUAUUGACCGUGAUCUCCAACUCGGUGACUGCUAACCACGGAGGCGUUGAGAAUCCUCGCGCUGCCUUGGAUGGAUAUCGGGCGGGGUACUAUGGUGCGAUCGCAAUGGCGACGCUUGGGGUGGUUCUGUCGUUGUUCUUUCGCUUACCUUUGGCUGAUAGUGAGAAGGGGGGUGGGGAAUGUGUUGAAGAACCAGGGACUUCAGCUUGAUGUUCUGUGUUGCUUGGU